CUUAUGUUCCAACAAGUGGUGAAUGCUGAACGCAGCAGGGGCACGUUAACACCUUUGACUCCUUGGCCCUCCCUGUUCCAUCCAGCUGAAUGCGCCAGUACACGACAGCCUGUCCUCACCUUCUCGCAGGCCCCGGGCCACAGCAUGAGACGCAGCAACACAGCGUCCAGUUGGGAAAACCCAGCAACAGUGCAUCAGUCAGGUGACCUGUAAGUAAAACACCCCUGUGGCGCAGUCCCCGCUCAGGCCCCUUGGUUUGGGACACCUUCUGGUCCACGAAUCAGCCAGAGAGCCUUCCGCUGCGUCACCUGGGCUUGUAUUGUCCGUUCCCCCCGCCUCCUGUGUGCAAAGCUUCCAGUCAAGUCAGUGCCUCCAUCUGCCUGGGCGCACACUCAGCCACAUCCUGGCUCCUGGCUCCUCCUUGCCCUCUCCUGGCUUCCUUCCUCUGCCUUACAUAGCCCUCGCCCAGUGAGGCUCACAGCUGCUUCUAACAGCCCUUCAGGCCUGGGCUUGCUCAGCCGUUCCCCCUCGGCCUCUUUAGCCAGGCUACCGUGGCAGAGCGCUGGCUUAGCCAGCCGUCUGUCACAGCCCCCUCGCUAUCUCGGUCCGGUGGCUUUUGCCUCAGUUUCCCCACCCACCUGUGGGAAUGACCAGUGAACAAAUGUUCUCUGGUCCCAUGUCAGUGACAUUCCCGAGGCUGGGGGUGUGUCCCGGCAGAUCCGGCUCCGUCCCUCGCGGAACGCCCAGCUGGGACUGCGGCAGAGAGGCCUUGCGGAAACGCCACCUUUGCUCUUGCCACAGCGCAGGGGCUGCUCCAGGUGGGCUGCUCACAGGCUGUUGUUGCUUCCACAGUCAAGUAUCUCUGACCUCGGCAUAGUUCACCCGACCUGCGAUCACUUUGUACACAGAAAUGCACAGCAUGCACCACACUGGAGCAAAGUCCCAACCCCCGAUCACAGGCGCCUUCUGCACCCAGCUCUUCCUGCCUCGUUCCCAGCUGCAGGGCAGAGCGGGGCGGGGAUUUCGGGGGCUAUAACUAGUCCCGCUCCCACUGGGGGUGGCACUGCCAGCCGGAGCAGAGGCAGACGAGGGGCUAUGGCUGGCCUGUGUGUGAGCAGGGUGCUGGUGACAGGGGCCAAUCGGGGCAUCGGCCUGGAGCUGGUCAGGCAGCUGCUGGGGAAGGCCAACCCACCAGAGAGGGUCUUCGCCGGCUGCCGGGACCCANGGGCGAGGAGGGAUCGUGUGCUUAUGCCCCUGUGCUCCCCCCCCCCAGACGUUACCCACCCGGCCAGCAUCCAGGCGGCCGCAGCCAGCGUGCAGGAGCAGCUGAAAGGCUCGGGGCUCACCCUGCUGAUAAACAACGCUGGCACCGCGAUGCCGAGCACGCUGGAGUCUGAGACGCCGGAGGGCAUGGCCCUGGUGUAUGCAACCAACGUGACGGGGCCCCUGCUGGUGAGCCAGGCCUUCCUGCCCUUGCUGAAGAAGGCUGCCCAGGAGAGCCCCCGGACAGGGCUGAGCUGCAGCCGGGCGGCCAUUGUCAACAUGUCCAGCGAGGCCGGCUCCAUCCAGAACAUCUUUCUCUGGCAUUUGGGGCAAGCCGUCUCCUAUCGCUGCAGCAAGGCAGCGCUGAACAUGCUCACCAAGUGCCAGGCCUUGGCGCACGGCGGGGACGGGAUCCUGAGCGUGGCUCUCCACCCGGGCUGGGUGCAGACGGACAUGGGGAGUAGAGCCUCCCUCAAGGUAGGCACCUGCGGGGCGACGCAGGGCAGAUGCUCAUCGCAGGGCUCACGGCUCCGCUGGAAACUGCCGUCCCCUCCAGCUCUACCUGGUCCAGAGCGGGAGGGUCCCAGUGACUCUGUCAUCAGACCCCGGGGCUCAGCUCUGUCCUGGGCACUGAAACUCCUGUUUGCUACCUGCCCCCUGUGCAUGGCCAGCGCGAGGGGUGGGCGUGUGCUGGCACACUCGCCCCACGGCCCACGCAGCGCGGCGACGUGGGGGCAGCAGGAGCACAGAAGAGCAGCCACCGCCUCACCUGCGCCAGGGCGAGAGACGGUCACGGGGCACCACGAGCCCCCAGGCACAGGUGGUGGUACCCGCACACACGUCUCUGUCCCUUCCACACUGUAG